CAGCAGCAGCGGCACAACACAGAGACGGACGAGGACUUCGAGGCUGAUCAGCGAGGACAGCUCGCCGCUGCGGUCGUCGUGUGAUGAGGCGUCGAGUACCCCGCGUGUCGUGAAGCCUUCGCAUUCACCACGCACGCGCACAGUUCCGUUACGUUUGCCUCCGGGGUCGCAGCUGCCUCAUAUUGACCGUGAAUGACCAUGCGCUGCGUUUGACUCGACCAUUGCGACCUGCAGUGCCGGAUCAGGACAGCGCAGCCAAGCAAAAUCAGCUGAGCGGCCAGCUCCCCUCGUCCGCUAAGUCAUCAACAAGAACAAUCUCACCCGCCAUGACAGCCUGGUUCCCGCGCAUUGUAAUCUACGUUUGCCUGGUGUCGCUUCACGGCCUUCUGUCACGGGCUGUUCGCAUAUCCCAAAUCUGGGCGAACACGACGUCGUUUAAGAUCGACUGGAUGCCGGAGAGCGGCAACCGCUUCUGCCUGUGCCACGCCACGGCCCAGCAGUUCCAGAAGGGCCUGAGCUUCUUCGACUGCAUCCCGUACCAGAGGGAGUCCCGCUGCGACCUCUCCGACUUCGGCAACUGCACGGCGCCCGCGGGCUCGGCGCUGCUGUGCAGCCGCCAGCUCGCUUCGCGACCCUCGGUCGUGGCCGGCCUGAGCCCGGGCGUCACGUACGCGUUCUGCGCCAUCGACGAGAACCCGCUGUCCACGUCCGGAUACGACAGCUUCGCCCUCUGCACCCGGACCUGGACACUCGACUCCGAGCUCCGGUUCCGGGCGUCCGCCUACUCCUCCUUCAUGGUGGGCCUCGAGUGGCGGCUGGGCAACGAGACGGAGCAGCUGCUCAACGUGCGGCUGUGCAGCUCGGCCGACGGCUGCCAGCGCGCCUGCCGCGACAACCUGCUCGACCUGAGGCGAGAGAAGUUCGUCGCGUGGACCGACCUGACGCGGCAGAGGCUCAGCCUGCAGGUGCGACGCACCGACGGCGUGCUGCUCUACGAGACCGCCUUCGACGCCCUCAAGCAGACGCCUGACCGGCCGUGCCAGCUCCGCGCUUCCUCGCUGGGCCCGUCCAGCGUGCGCGUCAGCUGGACGCUGGAAGGGGGAAACGCGGACGGCUUCGUGGUCAGCCACUGCUGGUUCCGGCUGUGCCACACCAAGGUGUACCCGCAGCCCAGCCUGCGACACGUCUACAUCAACGGGCUGCUGCAGUGGAGCCGAUACCGGUUCACAGUGACCGCCUUCCGCACCGUCAACAAGACCGGAAUCGCCAUGGGGGAGCCCAGCCACGCCGAGGUCUUUACCGACGGAGAUUUAACAGCACUGACGUGGGUGUUGGUGCUGGGCGUUCCUGCCUUCGUCAGUUCCCUCUUGAUGUGUCGACGAAAGGUGUGCUGUUGCUGUGGCCGUUCAAGACGCGAUGAAGUCUGGCACGUCCGACAUGGCAGGAACAUCGAAGGCCCCGGCGGGGACGCUUUGGCGUUGCCGUGAUUCGUGAAGACACAUUUCUGGUUGCUGUGCAGCCCACGAACUCAAUCUGCGCCAGAAUAAACACUUGGA